AUGGACCACAAAGCCACUGCCGCACGAUGUGGCCUAGAGCAUAUAUUAGUCGAUGAAACCGCUGAGCCCAAGGCCCUGCCAUUAUCACUUUUGGAGGCCAUCACUGAGAAUUUCUCCAAUGAGCUGGUGAUCGGACGCGGUGGAUUUGCAGUUGUUUAUAAGGGAAAACUUGGCAAUGGGGAGGUCGCGGUGAAGAGACUGUCCAAAGCUUAUAUGCAUGAAACAGAAUUUGACCGGGAGAUUGAAUGCCUGAUGCGGGCAAAACACAAAAAUAUAGUAAGAUUUCUUGGAUAUUAUCAUGACAGACAAAGAAAUAUGGAAAUAUACGACGAGAAACUUAUCAUGGCAGAUGUCCACCAAAGAUUGUUCUGCUUCGAGUAUAUACCAAAAGGGAGUCUUGAUAAGUAUAUCAAUGGACAACGUGAGUGGGAAACAUGCUACAAAAUAAUCAAAGGGAUCUGUGACGGUUUGCAAUACCUGCAUGACAAUCGCAUUAUUCAUUUGGAUCUGAAACCCGCCAAUAUACUGCUCGACGAUGACAUGGUGCCGAAAAUAACUGAUUUUGGCCUGUCAAGACGCUUAGAUGAAAAUCAAAGUCAAGUGCUUACCAAAACUAUAUCAGGAACAACGGGAUAUUUGGCACCAAAACGUUAUGAAGGGAGUGGAAUCACACCCAGGGCCGACUUGUAUAGUCUUGGUAUUAUUAUCAUGGAAAUACUGACCGGGCAGAGGGGGCAUCAAGCAACUGAGGAUGUGGUUGAAAGUUGGAGUGAUAGGUUGGAGAGAUCAAAACAAGACACACACUACGAAGAAAUACGUGUAUGCCACGAGAUAGCUUUAAAUUGCACACAGUUUAAUCCAAAGGACAGACCAGCUAGUGCACAAGACAUAAUUGACAGGCUUCAUGAAAUAGAAAGUAUCCAGGUGCCAGUGUGA